GGGGGGCCACUACGGACCUCUUCAUUUAGCGGAGAUCAGGUGACUGGGGCUAGUAUCCUGCGUGAAGUCGGGGUGGGCACUGCACUUGGCAUAUCGCGUGAUGGUGUGUGGAGAAAGACGCUAUAUGGGAUUCACGGUGGACCUCUGAUGCGUUUUCACGGUGUGCCAGUAGACAAUCGAGUGCGUCCGGUGGUGACAACAAAGGACAAAGCCGACACCGUCGACUUCAGCGUAGAGAAGAAGAAGACAAGGAAGAAGAAGUUCACCUCCCGAGCGGCACGAUCGGCGACCCCCACCCACCCAGAUUUCACGAGUGACGUCGUCACGGAGCUCACGGAGGAGGUCCGGUCACCGCUCGGCGCUCUCAGCGCUCACACAAAGUCACACCAAGUCACCUACCAGCUAAGCGACACCAGAACAGGUGAGUCGCCACCUGCAGACCCAGUGAGACUCGAACAGAACUCUAAUGAACAGCUUUGGGGUGGCCAGGACAAGAUGGGCGAUGCUGGCACUCCUGGGACUGCUGUAUGUCUCACCAUUGUCAUGCCAUGAGCACAUCGACCCCCUGGCCCUGGAGAGACCGGACCCCCAGUGCUGGGAGUCGUCCUCAGCUAUUCUGCUGGAGAUGAGGAAGCCUCAAAUCUCGGAGAGUGUCUCAGGCUUCUGGGACCUCAUGAUCUUCCUGAAGACCUCGGACAAUCUGAAGCAUGGGGCCUUGUUCUGGAACCUGGCACAGGUCUUCUGGGACAUCUACGUGGACUGCGUACUGUCCAGGACCCACGGCCUGGGUCGCCGGCAACUGACCGCCAGGGACCGUGAGAUCACAGCCCUCCAUUCCCUGGUCACUGACGAAUCUUACAUCCGCGGCCACAGGAAGGACUUCGGUAAGGAGAAGCAGUACACGCGAGACCUGAUUGGAAUCCACGUCCACCAAAGUGGGCCAGGCGGACCACCCCCCCUGGACCAGGCGCUGUCCUUCAGGAGGCCCCGCUCCCGUGUCUGACCACUAAUAAAGUCUUUGCAGUGAACCCCCAGUGUGUCCUGUGGUGCUCUGUCCCUUGGGGUGGCUGUCCCUGCAUGGCCAGUCAGCACAAGGCC